AUGGCCAGCAACUGUGGCAUGUGCUUGAAUCUUGCGGAGCGCUUUAGAUGUGGCUGGUGUCAGUCAAGUAGUCGGUGUGAGGUGGCAGCCCAGUGUGAGAAGGAGCGUGGCUGGACAGGGAUCGCAUUUGUCCCAAUCAGGUGCUGACGGCCACCAGCUCAGCCGCAGGGGGCGGUGACGCCGAGGGGCCCAACUCGCGCUUCAUCGUGGACCGCUUCGAGGACGACCGAUGGCAGGAGUUCACGCACCUCACGGUCGACAAGAACACGGGCACCGUGUACGCGGGGGGCGUGAACCGGCUCUACCAGCUGGAGCCGAACUUGCGGCUCCUGCAGUACGUGGUGACGGGCCCCGUGAGCGACUCCGUGGAGUGCCCGGCCAGCGGAUGCUUUAGCGAGGACUUGCAAAGCAUGAAGCCCACCAACAAUGUCAACAAGGUGCUGAUAGUCGACUACACGCACUCGCGCCUCAUCGUGUGCGGCAGCGUGCGGCAAGGCUCGUGCCAGGUGCGCGAUCUUCGGGAUAUCACGCAGCUGACCCGCAAUGUAAGUAAGGCCAUCGUGGCCAACAACGCCACGGCGUCCACCGUGGCCUUCAUCGCCCCAGGGCCACCCAACUCACCUGUCACACAUGUGCUCUAUGUCGGGGUGACGUAUACAGGCAGAUCCGUGUACAGGGACGAGGUGCCGGCUGUCUCAUCUCGCUCAUUGGAGGACAACCGCUUCUUGGAAAUCGCCGUGACAGACGUGACGACGAGCACGCAGAUGUGGGUCAACUCAUUGGCGCGGAAGCGAUACCCCAUCACGUACGUGUACGGCUUUGGCUCAGAGAAUUUCAGCUACUUCCUCACGCGGCAGAUGGAGGACACGUGCGCGGGGUCUCCGUACAUGAGCAAGCUGGUGCGAGUCUGCCAGAAUGACCCUGCCUACUACUCGUACACGGAGAUCCCCAUUGAAUGCAAGGACCAGCAGGGCAAGCACUACAACCUGGUUCAGGCGGCCUACGUAGGCAAGCCAGGGACUGACCUGGCCACUCAGCUGGGCAUCCAGACCAAUGAAGACGUCCUCUUCGCCGUGUUCUCCCCGUUUGACCCAAGGGAAGGGGAGGGCUCACCCCAGCCCACUGACAGCAGCGCCCUCUGCUUUGUAUAGCAUGAAAUCUGUCAGACGCAUGUUUACAACAACAUCCAGGAAUGCUUCAGAGGCAUAGGCGUCCGUGGACUCAACUUCAUCUCGCCGUCGCACCACUGCAUCGAGAGGAGAUUGGAUCUGAAUGAGGAUUUCUGCGGCAUGGAUGUGAACACGCCCUUGGGCGGAAAGCAGCCUGUGGAGAGUCUGGCCAGCCUCACCUUCCCGACGCGACUCACCGCCGUCGCCGCCACGUCAACCGAUGCGUACACGGUGGUCUUCCUCGGCACGGCUCAGGGCCACCUGAAGAAGGUUGUGAUAGAGAACCAGAAUAAUGCGCUGGAAUAUGAUGACAUCGAGGUGGACCAGGGAUCAGCAGUCAGGCAAGACAUGCACUUUGACAAGGCGGGCGACCACCUGUACGUCAUGACUAGUAACAAGAUCUCAAAAGUCAAAACAAAAGAGUGCAGCAUAUACGAGGGAUGCAGCCAAUGCCUGGGGGCCCGUGAUCCUUACUGCGGCUGGUGUUCCUCGGAGAACAAGUGUUCUUUGCGUCGAGACUGCCGUGAGGCCUUCCAGGAUCCUCGGUCCUGGCUAAAUGACAAGACAGGCCGCUGCGCCACCCACCGCCGCCGGGAUCGUGCGUCGGUUUUUCCUCUUUGAUGAUGUGGUUGCAUGACAUACACGCCAUGUUUGCUUUGAUGAAUUAGGUGACUGCCACCGUCGUCAGCAGGGAUGUGAAGACUAAUUUGAUCAGCCUUCAAGCACAUCUGGUGAAGAGGAAUAUGAGACCUUAAAAGAUUGUAAAAGCUUGAGACAAACAUUUGCUCACGAUUCAGAAAAAUACAACUCAAUCUGGGUCAUGGGAGUGUUGCUGUUGUAGCAAUAGUCCAGUUAGCAAAUGCUACUUUUGAUGUGGACAUUUCUCUUUUUCUUCUGUUUCCUCGCUGGAAAGCUGUGAGCUGCGACACUAAGAAAUUGUUAAAUCUUGUGAACAUUUUAAACAGUAUUUGCAUAUAUAUUUUGGAAUGAUUCGUGUAGAUGUUUGUUAUUUUAAUUAAAAGCUUGUGCAUUU